AUGGCUCCUCCGGCCAUCAGAGUACCGGCGAAGCAUGAGGCCGGCGGGCCAACCGCCACCCUCGCUACACCGACCGCAACCCAAUGGGCGACGACGACCCUUAAAGUUGGAGGCAUGACGUGCGGCGCAUGUACAUCCGCAGUCGAGUCGGGCUUCCGAGGUGUUGAGGGCGUAGGAAGUGUUUCCGUCAGUCUGGUCAUGGAGCGCGCGGUGGUUAUGCAUAACCCCGAAGCCAUCUCUGCUGAGAAAAUCGCCGAGAUUAUUGAAGACCGAGGUUUCGAUGCCGAAGUUUUGUCCACCGACCUGCCGUCACCGAUGUUCCCGACAAACCAGGACCUGUUCGAUGCCGAGGAGGAGAGCGGACUCAUGACGACCACUGUCGCUGUCGAAGGAAUGACGUGCGGCGCAUGCACAUCUGCCGUCGAGGGAGGCUUCAAAGACAUCCCGGGCGUGAAGAACUUCAGCAUAUCUCUGCUGUCUGAAAGAGCCGUUAUUGAGCAUGACCCAACACUGCUCACUGCCGAACAAAUUGCGGAAAUAAUCGAGGACCGAGGCUUUGGCGCUGAGAUCGUGGACAGCGAAAGCAGCCAGCAGGAGAAGCCCAGAGCCAGCAGCAACCCUACAAGCUCCGUCGCUACAACAACAGUCGCCAUCGAGGGCAUGACCUGCGGCGCCUGCACAUCAGCCGUUGAAGGAGGGUUCAAGGAGAUGGAGGGUGUUUUGCGCUUCAACAUUAGCUUGCUGGCUGAGCGCGCCGUCAUCACCCACGACACGACGAAGCUUCCUGCAGACAAAAUCGCCGAGAUCAUUGAGGACAGGGGCUUCGGCGCAGAGAUCCUGUCGACUGCGUUCGAGACGUCCGCACAGGGCAAUGGCGCUUCUUCCACUGCGCAGUUCAAGAUUUACGGAAAUCCGGACGCCUCCACUGCCAUGGCUCUGGAAGCAAAGCUUCUGACCAUUCCCGGCAUCAACUCUGCUAAGCUCAGCUUGGCCUCCUCGAGGUUGACGGUCACCCAUCAGCCCAGCCUCAUCGGCCUGCGAGGAAUCGUCGAGGCUGUUGAGGCUGAGGGCCUCAACGCCUUGGUUUCCGAUAACGACGACAACAACGCUCAGCUCGAAUCGCUCGCCAAGACUCGAGAAAUUAAUGAGUGGCGGAGAGCUUUCAAGCUGUCUCUGUCGUUCGCCAUUCCCGUCUUUUUCAUCAGCAUGAUUUUGCCCAUGUGCUUCCCAAGCUUGGACUUCGGCAGCUGGGAGCUUCUCCCCGGCAUUUACCUUGGCGAUUUGGUCUGCUUGGCUCUUACGAUACCUGUCCAGUUCGGCAUUGGAAAGCGUUUCUAUAUUUCGGGUUGGAAAUCCAUCAAGCACGGAUCACCGACCAUGGACGUUCUCGUCAUCCUCGGCACCUCGUGUGCCUUCUUCUUCAGCAUCAUGGCUAUGCUGGUGUCUUUCUUCUUCCCGCCGCACACAAGGCCGUCCACUAUCUUCGACACCAGCACUAUGCUGAUUACCUUUGUUACUCUCGGCAGGUUCUUGGAGAACCGCGCCAAGGGCCAGACUUCCAAGGCUCUUUCACGCCUCAUGUCUCUGGCUCCGUCGAUGGCUACUAUCUAUGCCGACCCUAUUGCCGCCGAGAAGGCUGCCGAGGGCUGGGAGAGCGCCACGGUUUCUGGUGAGCCCAAGACACCCAACCGCGACGGAAACGCAGCAGAGGAAAAGGUCAUCCCCACCGAACUCCUGCAAGUUGGGGACGUCGUCAUCCUUCGCCCUGGCGAUAAGAUUCCCGCAGACGGUACGAUGGUCCGCGGUGAGACUUAUAUCGAUGAGAGUAUGGUGACUGGCGAAGCCAUGCCCGUCCAGAAAAAGAAAGGAAGUUACCUGAUCGGCGGUACUGUCAACGGCCACGGACGUGUCGACUUCCGCGUCACCAGAGCCGGCCGCGACACGCAGCUCAGCCAGAUUGUCAAGCUUGUUCAGGACGCUCAGACUACUCGUGCCCCUAUUCAGCGUCUGGCUGACACGCUCGCCGGCUACUUUGUCCCAACCAUCCUCAUCCUCGGUUUCCUGACUUUCCUCGUCUGGAUGAUCCUCAGUCACGUACUCAAGAACCCACCCAAGAUCUUUACUCAAGAAGCUAGUGGCGGUAAGAUCAUGGUGUGUGUCAAGCUGUGCAUCUCUGUCAUUGUCUUUGCCUGCCCCUGUGCUCUUGGCCUGGCAACCCCCACCGCCGUCAUGGUGGGCACUGGCAUCGGCGCUGAGAACGGAAUCUUGGUCAAGGGCGGCGCUGCUCUGGAGACAACCACCAGAAUCACCCAGAUUGUACUCGACAAGACCGGCACCAUCACGUACGGCAAGAUGAGCGUAGCCAAGAUAAGCCUCGUCUCUGCCUGGCAGGGUAACGAGUGGCGCCGCCGACUGUGGUGGCACAUCGUCGGUCUCGCUGAGAUGGGUAGCGAGCACCCGGUAGGUAGAGCUGUGCUGGGUGCCGCCAAGACCGAGCUUGGGAUCGAAGAAGAGGCUACCAUCGAGGGCAGCGUCGGCGAGUUCAAGGCCGCCGUCGGCAAAGGUAUCAAUGCCCUCGUCGAGCCCGCCACGGGUAACGACCGCACCCGCUACCGCGUCCUCCUUGGCAAUGUCCGUUUCCUCCGCGAAAACAACGUCAAUGUCCCCGCCGAGGCGGUCGAGGCUUCCGAACAGCUGAACGCUAAGGCCAACUCCAGCGCGAAGAACACCUCGGCAGGCACCACCAACAUCUUCGUCGCCAUUGAUGGCCAAUACACCGGUCAUCUCUGCCUUUCUGACACCAUCAAGGAGGGCGCGGCCGCGGCCAUCGCUGUCCUCCACCGCAUGAAGAUCAAGACCGCCAUCGUCACUGGUGACCAACGCUCCACCGCAGUCGCUGUGGCAGCUGCCGUCGGCAUUUCUCCUGAGAACGUCUACGCUGGUGUCUCGCCUGAUCAGAAGCAGGCCAUUGUCCAGCAGCUGCAGGACCAGGGCGAGGUCGUCGGCAUGGUCGGUGACGGCAUCAACGACUCCCCUGCUCUCGCGACCGCCGACGUUGGUAUCGCGAUGGCCAGUGGCACGGACGUCGCCAUGGAGGCGGCCGACGUAGUCCUCAUGCGUCCUACUGACCUCAUGGACAUCCCCGCCGCCCUCCACCUUGCCCGCUCCAUCUUCAACCGCAUCAAGCUUAACCUCGCCUGGGCCUGCCUGUACAACGCCAUCGGCUUGCCCUUCGCCAUGGGUGUCUUCCUCCCCUACGGCUUCCACCUCCACCCCAUGGCUGCCGGCGCCGCCAUGGCCUGCAGUAGUGUCAGCGUCGUUGUCAGCAGUCUCCUCCUCAAGUUCUGGACCCGCCCGAGCUACAUGGUCGACCCCUCGGCCCGCACCAAGAGCCGCGGCUUCGGCAUCCUCAAUAGGAUCAAGUAUGUCGUUCGCAAGAUCCGUGGCAAGCGAACACAAGAUCAGGGCUACGUCCCGCUUGCCAAUAUGGCGGACCGGGACGAAUAA